AAUACAUUUUAUGUUCAGCUGUCAAAAUUCAUUUUGAAAUUUCGAAUUCGCUUGACAAUUUACGUUCAAAAAUAUUUUCAUUGCCUGAAAACAAAAUGAAACCGCUUAUAUUUUUAAUAAUUUAUCAAUUAAGCAAUUUAAUAUUAAACUCCCAGGGAUAUACAACGAAUCUGAAAAACGUCAAACGCAUGAUACCUUCCAUAUAUGCUGAUUUCGCUUUAGCUGAUAAUGGUGGCAAUGGCAGUGGACCUGGAAACGAUUGUAAUGAGGGUGAGGGAGGUCGAGGUGAGGAAAAUUGCAAUGCUGACGUUACCAAGGGUAACUCAAAACAAAAAGCCACAAAUAUAGCCCAGAAAGCUGCCCAAGAAGCUAAAGCUGCCUCAGAUGCUCAACAGGAGGCCGGACAGGCUGCCUCACGUCAAGUUAAAAUGCAGUUGGCUGAAAAGGCCAUGCAGGCGGCUAAAGCAGCAGAGGCUGCUUUGGCGGGCAAACAACAAAUUGUGGAACAACUUGAGCAAGAAGUUCACGAAGCCGAGGCAGUUGUGCAAGAGCAAUCCUCUUCCUUGGAAAAUGCCCAACAAAAUGUUCAAGCAGCGGUACAGGCUGCCCAGCAGGCUCAAUCCCAGCUAAAGACCCUAACGGCAGCCGUUCAGAUGGCCCAAUCAAAUGUGGGCAAUUCGGAACAGGCUGCCAGUGGGGCUCAACAGGAAUUGGUGGAGAAAAAUCAAUUGAUGGAGGCGGCAAAAUAUCGAGUCGACCAGUUGUUGCGUCAAUUGAAUAGUGCUCGUGCGGAUUUUAACAAUACAAAGAAGUCAGCCUAUAAAGCUGCCUGUGCUGCCCAGGAAGCUAAAGUUAAUGCCGAGCGAGCGAGACGUCAUUUGUCGCGGCGCUUUUUGACGCCUCAACAGCGUCAACAGUUAAUGGAACAAAGACAGCGUCAAAGAUUGGCACGUCAACAGUUUUAUCAAUAAGUUUUAGGGGAUUUAUUACAAACAAAGGUUUGGCUCAGCGCCAAACGUUUUUAAAAGCAAAUAGUUUUGACAGAGAUGCUGCAAUUUGAAAUACAAAAAGUUAUAGAUCACCAUGACAGAGAUGUACAAUUUAACUGCUUUUACAA